UUUUUAAUUUUUAUCAGAAUGCAUGAUAUAAUUAAUACCGAUGAUGUGCCAAUAACUCCUUCACGACUUGCUGAAUUAAUUCGACAUUUUUAUUCGUUAGGGUGGAUGCGUGAUAAUGGAGGUGGAAUGGCUGUUGCCUGUGGAGAUGUUAUUUAUAGUUCACCAACAUCUGUGCAGAAGGAAAAACUUUCAGAAAAAGAAUUAUUUAUAAUAGCCCAAACUGACGGUAAAAUUUUGAAACGACCGGCAAAUCCAGCUUCUGUACCUUCAGCAACUGCUGGAUUGCUUUACAAAACUGGAUCUAAAUGUGUUAUACAUACACAUUCAAAAUAUGCAAAUUUACUAACACAAUUAAUAAGAGGGGAUCAUUUUGCUAUUAACAAUCAAGAAAUGAUUCAAGGGGUAGAAAAUCGUAAAACUGGACGUCGACUUGAUAAUAUUGACAGAGUUUUUGUUCCAAUAAUUGAUUCGGAAUUAAAUGAAUUAUUGUUAAGUCCAAUUCUUUUGCGAACUUUGGAAAAAUAUCCUGAGGCCUCAGCUAUACUAGUCCGUGGACAUGGCUUUUUUGCAUUUGGUUCUCAUUCUUGGCAAAGCACAAAAUUAAUGUUGGAAUGUUAUGAAUAUUUAUUUGAAUUAGCUUGUGAUAUGAUUAAAUACAAAUUGCCUUUAAUUAAACCGAUAACUAAUGGAACACAACAAAUGAGAGCUGUCUAG